AUGGCGUCGAGCGAGGAGGCGACCGCGUUGGCGCGCUUGCGCGAGCGCGCGUUCGCGGCGUCGCACAUCGCGGAAGCCGCUUUGAAUGGACAUGAAAGUUAUAUGCGCUUGCUCGCGCUCGCGUUCACGGCGCCGGACUGCGCGGAAGCCGCUUCGACUGGACAUUUGGAAUGUUUAAAGUACUUGCGCGAGCGCGGGUGUCGUUGGAACGCUUGGACGUGCAAGUCUGCCGCCUCGAAUGGACAUUUGGAGUGUUUGAAGUACGCGCACGAGAACGGGUGUCCUUGGCACGAGGAUACGUGCGCAUGUGCCGCCUAUAGUGGACAUUUGGAGUGUUUGAAGUACGCGCACGAGCACGGGUGUCCUUGGGACAAAGGGACGUGCAACGCUGCCGCUUCGCAUGGACAGUUGGAGUGUUUGAAGUACGCGCGCGAGCACGGAUGCGAUUGGAACCUGAGGACGUGCAAUAAUGCCGCUUCGAAUGGACAGUUGGAGUGUUUGAAGUACGCGCACGAGCAAGGGUGUGAUUGGGACGAAGAGACGUGCAUCUCUGCCGCCUGGAAAGGACAGUUGGAGUGUUUGAAGUACUUGCACGAGCGCGGGUGUCCUUGGGACGAGAAAACGUGCGCGGUUGCCGCCUCGAAUGGACAUUUGGAGUGUUUGAAGUACGCGCGCGAGCACGGAUGUCCUUGGAACGAGAGGACGUGCUCAUUUGCCGCCUUGAAUGGACAUUUGGAGUGUUUGAAGUACGCGCACGAGAACGGGUGUCCUUGGCACGAGGAGACGUGCGCACGUGCCGCCGGGAGUGGAAGCUUGGAGUGUUUGAAGUACGCGCACGAGCGCGGGUGUCCUUGGAACGAGGAUACGUGCCGUGAUGCCGCCUAUGAUGGACAGUUGGAGUGUUUGAAGUACGCGCACGAGCACGGGUGUCCUUGGGACAAAGACCAGUGCAUCGACGCCGCGCGUAGAUUGCACUUUACCGCGUGCCUGACGUACAUGCUCACGCUGAAAGACGCGGAAGAAUCAAAGCUCGACGACGCGAUGUCGGCGCUGGACGAAAUCGCCCGCGAUAUCCCGGAGGGCGCGUACGUCACAAUUUGCGCCGCGCUCAAGCUUUCGCACGACGAGCACAAGAAACGCAAACGGUGA